AUGUCUACCCUUAAGACUCACUCAAGGUCCGAAAUAACAGUGACCCGUGUACAUUUGGUAUCUGCCUUAUACAAAGGCGUCAAGCAUAACACAAUAAUUGUUUUUCCCCUCCAAAAGCACGCUUCAGUACAAUCUAUUAAAUCAAAUUGUAUACGUACACCACAACAUAUCCCAGAUUAUGGUUCCUCAUGCAUACGUACACCACAACAUAUCCCAGAUGAUGGUUCCUCAUGCAUACGUUCACCACAACAUAUCCCAGACGAUAGUUCCUCAUGCAUACGUUCACCACAACAUAUCCCAGAUGAUGGUUCCUCAUGCAUACGUACACCACAACAUAUCCCAGAUGAUGGUUCCUCAUGCAUACGUACACCACAACAUAUCCCAGACGAUAGUUCCUCAUGCAUACGUUCACCACAACAUAUCCCAGACGAUAGUUCCUCAUGCAUACGUUCACCACAACAUAUCCCAGAUGAUAGUUCCUCAUGCAUACGUUCACCACAACAUAUCCCAGAUGAUAGUUCCUCAUGCAUACGUACACCACAACAUAUCCCAGACGAUAGUUCCUCAUGCAUACGUACACCACAACAUAUCCCAGAUGAUGAUUCCUCAUGCAUACGUACACCACAACAUAUCCCAGACGAUAGUUCCUCAUGCAUACGUACACCACAACAUAUCCCAGACGAUAGUUCCUCAUGCAUACGGACACCACAACAUAUCCCAGAUGAUGAUUCCUCAUGCAUACGUUCACCACAACAUAUCCCAGAUGAUGGUUCCUCAUGCAUACGUACACCACAACAUAUCCCAGACGAUAGUUCCUCAUGCAUACGGACACCACAACAUAUCCCAGAUGAUGAUUCCUCAUGCAUACGUACACCACAACAUAUCCCAGACGAUAGUUCCUCAUGCAUACGUACACCACAACAUAUCCCAGAUGAUGAUUCCUCAUGCAUACGUUCACCACAACAUAUCCCAGACGAUAGUUCCUCAUGCAUACGUACACCACAACAUAUCCCAGACGAUAGUUCCUCAUGCAUACGUUCACCACAACAUAUCCCAGAUGAUGGUUCCUCAUGCAUACGUACACCACAACAUAUCCCAGACGAUAGUUCCUCAUGCAUACGGACACCACAACAUAUCCCAGAUGAUGAUUCCUCAUGCAUACGUUCACCACAACAUAUCCCUGAUGAUGAUUCCUCAUGCAUACGUUCACCACAACAUAUCCCAGAUGAUGGUUCCUCAUGCAUACGUACACCACAACAUAUCCCAGACGAUAGUUCCUCAUGCAUACGUACACCACAACAUAUCCCAGACGAUAGUUCCUCAUGCAUACGUACACCACAACAUAUCCCAGACGAUAGUUCCUCAUGCAUACGUACACCACAACAUAUCCCAGAUGAUGAUUCCUCAUGCAUACGUUCACCACAACAUAUCCCAGAUGAUGGUUCCUCAUGCAUACGUACACCACAACAUAUCCCAGACGAUAGUUCCUCAUGCAUACGGACACCACAACAUAUCCCAGAUGAUGAUUCCUCAUGCAUACGUACACCACAACAUAUCCCAGAUGAUGGUUCCUCAUGCAUACGUACACCACAACAUAUCCCAGAUGAUGGUUCCUCAUGCAUACGUACACCACAACAUAUCCCAGAUGAUGGUUCCUCAUGCAUACGUACACCACAACAUAUCCCAGAUGAUAGUUCCUCAUGCAUACGUUCACCACAACAUAUCCCAGAUGAUAGUUCCUCAUGCAUAUGUACACCACAACAUAUCCCAGAUGAUGGUUCCUCAUGCAUACGUACACCAAAACAUAUCCCAGAUGAUGAUUCCUCAUGCAUACGUACACCACAACAUAUCCCAGAUGAUGGUUCCUCAUGCAUACGUACACCACAACAUAACCCAGAUGAUGGUUCCUCAUGCAUACGUACACCACAACAUAUCCCAGAUGAUGGUUCCUCAUGCAUACGUACACCACAACAUAUCCCAGAUGAUGGUUCCUCAUGCAUACGUACACCACAACAUAUCCCAGAUGAUAGUUCCUCAUGCAUACGUUCACCACAACAUAUCCCAGAUGAUGGUUCCUCAUGCAUACGUACACCACAACAUAUCCCAGAUGAUGGUUCCUCAUGCAUACGUACACCACAACAUAUCCCAGACGAUAGUUCCUCAUGCAUACGUACACCACAACAUAUCCCAGACGAUAGUUCCUCAUGCAUACGUACACCACAACAUAUCCCAGACGAUAGUUCCUCAUGCAUACGUACACCACAACAUAUCCCAGAUGAUGAUUCCUCAUGCAUACGUUCACCACAACAUAUCCCAGAUGAUGGUUCCUCAUGCAUACGUACACCACAACAUAUCCCAGACGAUAGUUCCUCAUGCAUACGGACACCACAACAUAUCCCAGAUGAUGAUUCCUCAUGCAUACGUUCACCACAACAUAUCCCAGAUGAUGGUUCCUCAUGCAUACGUACACCACAACAUAUCCCAGACGAUAGUUCCUCAUGCAUACGGACACCACAACAUAUCCCAGAUGAUGAUUCCUCAUGCAUACGUACACCACAACAUAUCCCAGAUGAUGGUUCCUCAUGCAUACGUACACCACAACAUAUCCCAGAUGAUGGUUCCUCAUGCAUACGUACACCACAACAUAUCCCAGACGAUAGUUCCUCAUGCAUACGUACACCACAACAUAUCCCAGACGAUAGUUCCUCAUGCAUACGUUCACCACAACAUAUCCCAGAUGAUGGUUCCUCAUGCAUACGUACACCACAACAUAUCCCAGAUGAUAGUUCCUCAUGCAUACGUUCACCACAACAUAUCCCAGAUGAUAGUUCCUCAUUCAUAUGUACACCACAACAUAUCCCAGAUGAUGGUUCCUCAUGCAUACGUACACCAAAACAUAUCCCAGAUGAUGAUUCCUCAUGCAUACGUACACCACAACAUAUCCCAGAUGAUGGUUCCUCAUGCAUACGUACACCACAACAUAUCCCAGAUGAUGGUUCCUCAUGCAUACGUACACCACAACAUAUCCCAGAUGAUGGUUCCUCAUGCAUACGUACACCACAACAUAUCCCAGAUGAUGGUUCCUCAUGCAUACGUACACCACAACAUAUCCCAGAUGAUAGUUCCUCAUGCAUACGUUCACCACAACAUAUCCCAGAUGAUGGUUCCUCAUGCAUACGUUCACCACAACAUAUCCCAGAUGAUGGUUCCUCAUGCAUACGUACACCACAACAUAUCCCAGAUGAUGGUUCCUCAUGCAUACGGACACCACAACAUAUCCCAGAUGAUGAUUCCUCAUGCAUACGUUCACCACAACAUAUCCCAGAUGAUGGUUCCUCAUGCAUACGUUCACCACAACAUAUCCCAGAUGAUGGUUCCUCAUGCAUACGUUCACCACAACAUAUCCCAGAUGAUGGUUCCUCAUGCAUACGUACACCACAACAUAUCCCAGAUGAUGGUUCCUCAUGCAUACGUACACCACAACAUAUCCCAGACGAUAGUUCCUCAUGCAUACGGACACCACAACAUAUCCCAGAUGAUGAUUCCUCAAGCAUACGUACACCACAACAUAUCCCAGACGAUAGUUCCUCAUGCAUACGUACACCACAACAUAUCCCAGAUGAUGAUUCCUCAUGCAUACGUUCACCACAACAUAUCCCAGACGAUAGUUCCUCAUGCAUACGUACACCACAACAUAUCCCAGACGAUAGUUCCUCAUGCAUACGUUCACCACAACAUAUCCCAGAUGAUGGUUCCUCAUGCAUACGUACACCACAACAUAUCCCAGACGAUAGUUCCUCAUGCAUACGUACACCACAACAUAUCCCAGACGAUAGUUCCUCAUGCAUACGUACACCACAACAUAUCCCAGAUGAUGAUUCCUCAUGCAUACGUUCACCACAACAUAUCCCAGAUGAUGGUUCCUCAUGCAUACGUACACCACAACAUAUCCCAGACGAUAGUUCCUCAUGCAUACGGACACCACAACAUAUCCCAGAUGAUGAUUCCUCAUGCAUACGUACACCACAACAUAUCCCAGAUGAUGGUUCCUCAUGCAUACGUACACCACAACAUAUCCCAGAUGAUGGUUCCUCAUGCAUACGUACACCACAACAUAUCCCAGAUGAUGGUUCCUCAUGCAUACGUACAGCACAACAUAUCCCAGAUGAUGAUUCCUCAUGCAUACGUUCACCACAACAUAUCCCAGAUGAUGGUUCCUCAUGCAUACGUUCACCACAACAUAUCCCAGAUGAUGGUUCCUCAUGCAUACGUUCACCACAACAUAUCCCAGAUGAUGGUUCCUCAUGCAUACGUACACCACAACAUAUCCCAGAUGAUGGUUCCUCAUGCAUACGUACACCACAACAUAUCCCAGACGAUAGUUCCUCAUGCAUACGGACACCACAACAUAUCCCAGAUGAUGAUUCCUCAAGCAUACGUACACCACAACAUAUCCCAGACGAUAGUUCCUCAUGCAUACGUACACCACAACAUAUCCCAGAUGAUGAUUCCUCAUGCAUACGUUCACCACAACAUAUCCCAGACGAUAGUUCCUCAUGCAUACGUACACCACAACAUAUCCCAGACGAUAGUUCCUCAUGCAUACGUUCACCACAACAUAUCCCAGAUGAUGGUUCCUCAUGCAUACGUACACCACAACAUAUCCCAGACGAUAGUUCCUCAUGCAUACGUACACCACAACAUAUCCCAGACGAUAGUUCCUCAUGCAUACGUACACCACAACAUAUCCCAGAUGAUGAUUCCUCAUGCAUACGUUCACCACAACAUAUCCCAGAUGAUGGUUCCUCAUGCAUACGUACACCACAACAUAUCCCAGAUGAUGGUUCCUCAUGCAUACGUACACCACAACAUAUCCCAGACGAUAGUUCCUCAUGCAUACGUACACCACAACAUAUCCCAGAUGAUGGUUCCUCAUGCAUACGUACACCACAACAUAUCCCAGAUGAUGGUUCCUCAUGCAUACGUACACCACAACAUAUCCCAGAUGAUGGUUCCUCAUGCAUACGUACACCACAACAUAUCCCAGAUGAUGGUUCCUCAUGCAUACGUACACCACAACAUAUCCCAGAUGAUAGUUCCUCAUGCAUACGUUCACCACAACAUAUCCCAGAUGAUAGUUCCUCAUGCAUAUGUACACCACAACAUAUCCCAGAUGAUGGUUCCUCAUGCAUACGUACACCACAACAUAUCCCAGAUGAUGAUUCCUCAUGCAUACGUACACCACAACAUAUCCCAGAUGAUGGUUCCUCAUGCAUACGUACAGCACAACAUAUCCCAGAUGAUGGUUCCUCAUGCAUACGUACACCACAACAUAUCCCAGAUGAUGGUUCCUCAUGCAUACGUACACCACAACAUAUCCCAGAUGAUGGUUCCUCAUGCAUACGUACACCACAACAUAUCCCAGAUGAUAGUUCCUCAUGCAUACGUUCACCACAACAUAUCCCAGAUGAUGGUUCCUCAUGCAUACGUUCACCACAACAUAUCCCAGAUGAUAGUUCCUCAUGCAUACGUUCACCACAACAUAUCCCAGAUGAUGGUUCCUCAUGCAUACGUUCACCACAACAUAUCCCAGAUGAUGGUUCCUCAUGCAUACGUACACCACAACAUAUCCCAGACGAUAGUUCCUCAUGCAUACGUACACCACAACAUAUCCCAGAUGAUAGUUCCUCAUGCAUACGUUCACCACAACAUAUCCCAGAUGAUGGUUCCUCAUGCAUACGUACACCACAACAUAUCCCAGACGAUAGUUCCUCAUGCAUACGUUCACCACAACAUAUCCCAGACGAUAGUUCCUCAUGCAUACGUUCACCACAACAUAUCCCAGAUGAUAGUUCCUCAUGCAUACGUACACCACAACAUAUCCCAGACGAUAGUUCCUCAUGCAUACGUUCACCACAACAUAUCCCAGACGAUAGUUCCUCAUGCAUACGUUCACCACAACAUAUCCCAGAUGAUAGUUCCUCAUGCAUACGUUCACCACAACAUAUCCCAGAUGAUAGUUCCUCAUGCAUACGUACACCACAACAUAUCCCAGAUGAUGAUUCCUCAUGCAUACGUUCACCACAACAUAUCCCAGAUGAUGGUUCCUCAUGCAUACGUACACCACAACAUAUCCCAGACGAUAGUUCCUCAUGCAUACGUACACCACAACAUAUCCCAGACGAUGGUUCCUCAUGCAUACGUACACCACAACAUAUCCCAGACGAUGGUUCCUCAUGCAUACGUACACCACAACAUAUCCCAGACGAUAGUUCCUCAUGCAUAUGUUCACCACAACAUAUCCCAGACGAUAGUUCCUCAUGCAUACGUUCACCACAACAUAUCCCAGAUGAUAGUUCCUCAUGCAUACGUUCACCACAACAUAUCCCAGAUUAUAGUUCCUCAUGCAUACGUACACCACAACAUAUCCCAGAUGAUGAUUCCUCAUGCAUACGUUCACCACAACAUAUCCCAGAUGAUGGUUCCUCAUGCAUACGUACACCACAACAUAUCCCAGACGAUAGUUCCUCAUGCAUACGUACACCACAACAUAUCCCAGACGAUGGUUCCUCAUGCAUACGUACACCACAACAUAUCCCAGACGAUGGUUCCUCAUGCAUACGUACACCACAACAUAUCCCAGACGAUAGUUCCUCAUGCAUAUGUUCACCACAACAUAUCCCAGACGAUAGUUCCUCAUGCAUACGUUCACCACAACAUAUCCCAGAUGAUGAUUCCUCAUGCAUAUGUUCACCACAACAUAUCCCAGACGAUAGUUCCUCAUGCAUACGUUCACCACAACAUAUCCCAGAUGAUGGUUCCUCAUGCAUACGUACACCACAACAUAUCCCAGAUGAUGGUUCCUCAUGCAUACGUACACCAAAAUGUAUCCCAGAUGAUAGUUCCUCAUGCAUACGUACACCACAACAUAUCCCAGAUGAUGGUUCCUCAUGCAUACGUACACCACAACAUAUCCCAGAUGAUGGUUCCUCAUGCAUACGUACACCAAAAUGUAUCCCAGAUGAUAGUUCCUCAUGCAUACGUACACCACAACAUAUCCCAGAUGAUGAUUCCUCAUGCAUACGUACACCACAACAUAUCCCAGAUGAUGGUUCCUCAUGCAUACGUACACCACAACAUAUCCCAGACGAUAGUUCCUCAUGCAUACGUACACCACAACAUAUCCCAGAUGAUGGUUCCUCAUGCAUACGUACACCACAACAUAUCCCAGAUGAUGGUUCCUCAUGCAUACGUACACCACAACAUAUCACAGAUGAUGGUUCCUCAUGUGUACGUACACCAAAACGUAUCGCAGAUGAUGGUCCUGCGUGCGUAGGUACACCAAAACGUAUCCCAGAUGAUGGUCCUGCGUGCGUAGGUACACCAAAAACGUAUCGCAGAUGAUGGUCCUGCGUGCGUAGGUACACCAAGACGUAUCGCAGAUGAUGGUCCUGCGUGCGUAGGUACACCAAGACGUAUCGCAGAUGAUGGUCCUGUGUGCGUAGGUACACC